AUCUAUGCCGCUUUAAUACAUUUAUAUCUUUACACUUUUAUUACUUACCCGAACCUACCUUGGAGAUAUUCAGUAAGAUAAGGACUUGACGAUUCUACGAAGUUCUUAUUUGAUCAGAUAAUCCCCUCCACCCUGUUACUGAUAUCGAGAAGUCAAAACAAAUUCUGAUUAUCUCCAAGUUUUCCUUGAGCUAGCCGAAGGCAACGUUCUAUUUUUGGCGCGCGUUCAACAGUCGUGUUCUCGAGUCGUGAGUAAGCCGGGAGGAAAUCCCCGAAACGUGAUAACGUCGACGGGCUGCCCGAGACCUCAAACUGGUUUAUCUACCAGAUACACACCGGCCGCCGGGUAGAGAGGUACACAAAGUCCAGUCCUAGUGUGUUGUGUUGGUCACUUCAGUAUUGUCUGUGUAGAGGCCUAGCCAGUAAACAGGAAAGAAUCUUCAAGAUGUGGGCUUCAGUUUUUAUGGUGUUUUACUUCUUUUAUCAAGUUCAGAGUCAAGGCACAUGCAAGAGUCCUUAUGUGGAACAACGACUAUUAUCUGAUGAUGUCCGUUAUGCCUCACCUUUCUAUGUUAUUGCCCUGCCCAAGACACCUCAAACACUUGAAAUGGAUAAUGUGUGUUACACAUAUUUUGAAAAUAAUGAUGGAGGAUUCUUCCAUAUUAUGUCAAUAACAUAUAAAAAUGGCUCAAAUGCGUACUACGAUUUUUCAAAGGGGGACAUAACAAAUCGUAUGGGAAUUGCUGAAGGAAAAUCAGGCGAGUGUGUUUACCACGACUAUACGUUAAAACCCAUCUGCAAUGUAACUGUCUUCAUCCUCUAUCGAUGCUACAUCCAAGGAAAAUGCAGCAAGAACAUUGAUGUUGGAGCCAUUCCCGGGGUAGAUGUUAGAGUUACCCUGGCAGCUAGUCCCAAAGUGAGUCCUGCGUGUCAGGCUGAGACAGAAUCCAGUCUGCGUGAUACGUCCGCGUUGGCCGGGGGCGACUACAUUCUCCUUCCCCAGAAGCUGACUCCCAACUGCAUCACAAAGUACGACAACUUGGUCAGCAUUGGCAGCUCGAGGGCACUGGGGCCCAAGGAGGUGUCCAAUGAUGUAGCCGACAGAUUUGCUGCCCCAGCUGACUCAGUCGCCCCUGCCUCCCCGACCAAGCCGUCCUACUCUACUAUGAGUAGUUUCUUCAAGAACGGAGUACCUCCGCCUUCAGCUUUCAACCCUUACGGGCAUCCCGCCAACGGAGCGAGCGCUCCCUACCCUCCUGCGACACCCAACGGAGCAAGCGCUCCCUACCCUCCUGCGACACCCAACGGAUACUCAAGUACCUACUCUUCAGGAGGCAGCUAUGCUUACGCUAAUUCAGGUGGAUACAGCGGAUCCCAGCCAACGGCCCCUCAAGGUCAGACUCCCGCACCGACAUGGAGCAACGCCCAGUUCAGUGGCCAACCAGCCCAGCCCGGGAUAGAGACACACUACCAUAUCUGGCAAACAGCUGGUUCUGCUGCAGCUCUGAAAGCGAUAACAUCAAAAAACCCCAACAUUUACUACCACAUCCACAGUUGGGCACCACCACAAGGCUGUUGUAAAUGCGCUUAGAGAUCUGAACAGACUGAAAGAAACUGCCUGGUUUUGAUUUUAUUUACAGUAGCAUUUGUAAAAAAAUUGCUCUAAAAACUUUGGAAGUUAGCGAAGAUAAUUGGAUAUUUGGAAGAAUUUUGUUAAAAUCAAAAAUACACUUUGUUUGACUUUUUAAGACUAUCUAUCUGAAUGUCUUAUGUGAAUAGAUUUGUACUAUGAUUUUGUUUUAUAUCUUGACCAAGUACCGGUAACUACUAAUGUAGCAAUUCAUUCAUUACUUCCAGAAAAAAAAUAUAAUCCCAAUUUAAUGUAAACACUUGAGUUUAUUUAAGUCUAAAAAUGUACAUACUUUGAAUGUGAUAUCAACAAUAGUUUUAAUUUAUUCCAUUAUACAGUAUUAUACUAUAAUUGUUAUUUUUGUUCAGUAAUAAAUUAUUCAUUGUA